UCCGUUCUUUGUCUUAGCCUCUUGGGCGGGUAUUCACCGGUCUCUCGGGUUAUCUUCUAUCCUGUGAGGCAGCAAUCCCACGUGAGCUUUUGAUGUGGGAGAUUCUCAAUUGAAGAGAGCCAAUUCCGGAUUACUGGCCAUUUAACACAAAACCGCUCAUCUUGGGCUAUUGGAUUUUGUAACAAAAAAGGUGGUGGACACGUGAUGCCUGAGGAAGUGCACCAUGGAGAGGAGGAGGUGGAGACAUUUGCCUUCCAGGCAGAAAUUGCCCAACUCAUGUCCCUCAUCAUCAAUACCUUUUAUUCCAACAAGGAAAUUUUCCUUCGGGAGUUGAUCAGUAACGCUUCUGAUGCCUUGGACAAGAUUCGGUAUGAGAGCCUGACAGACCCUUCCAAGCUGGACAGUGGUAAAGAGCUCAAAAUUGACAUCAUCCCCAACCCCCAGGAACGCACUCUGACUCUAGUGGACACAGGCAUUGGCAUGACCAAAGCCGAUCUCAUAAAUAAUUUGGGGACCAUUGCCAAGUCGGGCACUAAAGCAUUCAUGGAGGCUCUCCAGGCUGGUGCGGACAUCUCCAUGAUUGGACAAUUUGGUGUUGGCUUUUAUUCUGCUUAUCUGGUGGCAGAGAAAGUGGUUGUUAUCACAAAGCACAACGAUGAUGAGCAGUAUGCCUGGGAGUCUUCUGCUGGGGGCUCCUUCACUGUACGUGCAGACCAUGGUGAGCCCAUUGGCCGGGGCACCAAAGUGAUCCUCCAUCUUAAAGAAGACCAGACAGAAUAUUUAGAGGAGAGACGUGUCAAAGAAGUGGUGAAGAAGCACUCACAGUUCAUAGGCUAUCCCAUCACUCUUUAUCUGGAGAAGGAACGAGAGAAAGAAAUCAGUGAUGAUGAGGCAGAGGAGGAGAAAGGUGAGAAAGAAGAGGAAGAUAAAGAUGAUGAGGAGAAGCCCAAGAUUGAAGAUGUGGGCUCAGAUGAGGAGGAUGAUAGUGGGAAGGACAAGAAGAAGAAAACAAAGAAGAUUAAGGAGAAGUACAUUGAUCAGGAAGAACUGAACAAGACCAAGCCCAUUUGGACCAGAAACCCUGACGACAUCACCCAGGAGGAAUAUGGAGAGUUUUACAAGAGCCUUACGAAUGACUGGGAAGACCACUUGGCAGUCAAGCACUUCUCUGUGGAAGGUCAGCUGGAAUUCAGGGCAUUGCUGUUCAUCCCCCGUCGGGCUCCUUUUGACCUUUUUGAGAACAAGAAGAAAAAGAACAACAUUAAGCUCUAUGUCCGCCGUGUGUUUAUCAUGGACAGCUGUGAUGAGUUGAUACCGGAGUAUCUCAAUUUCAUCCGUGGUGUGGUGGACUCUGAGGACUUGCCCCUAAACAUCUCCCGAGAAAUGCUCCAGCAGAGCAAAAUCUUGAAGGUCAUUCGCAAAAACAUCGUAAAGAAGUGCCUUGAGCUCUUCUCUGAACUGGCAGAAGACAAGGAGAACUAUAAGAAAUUCUAUGAGGCAUUUUCUAAAAACCUGAAGCUUGGAAUCCAUGAGGACUCCACUAAUCGGCGCCGUCUUUCUGAGCUGCUGCGUUAUCACACCUCCCAGUCUGGAGAUGAGAUGACUUCCCUUUCGGAGUAUGUCUCUCGCAUGAAGGAGACCCAGAAGUCCAUCUAUUACAUCACUGGCGAGAGCAAAGAGCAGGUUGCCAACUCCGCUUUUGUGGAGCGGGUGCGGAAGCGGGGCUUCGAGGUAGUGUAUAUGACUGAGCCUAUCGAUGAGUACUGCGUGCAGCAGCUCAAGGAGUUUGAUGGGAAGAGUCUCGUCUCCGUUACCAAGGAGGGCCUGGAGCUACCUGAGGAUGAAGAGGAGAAAAAGAAAAUGGAAGAGAGCAAGGCCAAGUUUGAGAACCUCUGCAAACUUAUGAAAGAAAUACUGGACAAGAAGGUUGAGAAGGUGACCAUCUCAAACAGGCUAGUGUCUUCACCCUGCUGCAUUGUGACGAGCACCUACGGCUGGACGGCCAACAUGGAGCGGAUCAUGAAAGCCCAGGCACUUCGGGACAACUCUACAAUGGGUUAUAUGAUGGCCAAAAAGCACCUGGAGAUUAAUCCUGACCACCCCAUUGUGGAGACACUACGGCAGAAGGCAGAGGCGGACAAGAAUGACAAGGCUGUCAAGGACCUGGUGGUGCUCCUGUUUGAAACUGCACUGCUCUCUUCUGGCUUCUCACUGGAGGAUCCCCAGACCCACUCCAACCGAAUUUACCGCAUGAUCAAGCUAGGCCUGGGUAUUGACGAAGACGAAGUAACUGCAGAGGAACCCAGUGCUGCUGUUCCUGAUGAGAUCCCUCCCCUUGAGGGUGAUGAGGAUGCAUCCCGCAUGGAAGAAGUAGAUUAGUUUCUACCUGCAGACCUGUGCCCUCUGUAUAGUGUCCCCAUGGCUUCCCAGCAGCCCUGAGUGGCCUCAGUUCACCUGGUUCCUUCUGCUGAUGUCUAGUGUUUUGUUUUUUUUUCCCCUCCUGUCUUUGUCUGAGGCAGGAUACAAGGUCCUCAGGCCUAUCCCUUCCUAUAUUUGACGGGGGGUUUGGAUGUGUACUGUGGUUUUUUGUUUAUUUUGUUCUGAAGUUAAAGUAUGCAAAAUAAAGAAAAUACAGUUUUAUACA